AUGAACGAUCAAGCCGCUAUGGAGGAGAAGAUUGAGCGAGUCAACGAGCAGAUUGCGGAGGUGGAAGCGGAGAUCAAGCAAGUCAAACAGGCCAUCGCCAAUGCAGAAGCGGAGUGGAGAAAAGGUGGCCUCGACAAGGGGCACUGGGAGGAGGAGAAGCGCCAGCUGCGAGCGGAAAAGGGGCAGCUGCAGGACGAGAAGGGGCGCCUGCAGGAGGAGAGGGCGCUGUUGGUGCGGGCAUCUCUGGCAGCAGGUGUUCAGUCAUCAGCUAUCGGUGAAACCAGCUGUGCGGCGCAGGUCCACGGGCUUCAAGCAGGUGCUACUCUGCCCGUCGUCCAACUACAGCUUCCAGAGGACAUUGCAGCCAUCGUGCGCCGGGUUGCAAAGAAGGAAUUCAACGUGGACUUCCCAGACGAGAUUUCAAUAGGAGGGUCAAAGUCGGACCUGGAGGACGCGAUGGAGGCGUUGGGCAGGAUGGGCUUCCAGGGUUUAGAGACGAUAAUUGGGGACUUGGACCCUGCUUUAGAUGCUGACAACAGCGGAGUCUUCAACUGGAAAGCAGGUGUCCGCGAAGAUGACAGCGCAAACAUGACCGCCGCUCAGUCUUUUGUCCAAGAAAAAAUAUCGGCGCAUCUGGAGGGGUACAAGGCAGUGAACGUCUGCCAGUUGAACAUCUUCAGCAAGGUGGAUGCAACUCCUACAAAAAGGCUGAAAUUGCGGGAGACAAAAACGGACUUGGCCCUCGUCAUGGCUGAAUUCGAGGCACAAGCGAAAGAGAAUCCAGAGAACGUCUUGGAUAAGACAUCCGGCAUUGUCGACACCAAAACUGAAGCAGCAUGGAAGAAAAACCACGAGGAGUUUCGCGGCCAAGCUCUUGGCCAGUUCGUAGGGUGCACGCUCGUCUCUCGGCGGAAGGGCGUAGGCAUGCCCGUCAUGCUCACGAACCUGAUAGGGGACUCGAACGUCUUCCAUGGCGCGCAGGACUCUGAUGGGAGAGCGGUGGUCAGGGAGGUACAGUUUACAAACCAAAAUGCAGCCUUCCGGUACUUUGCGGGGGUGUGCAAGAAGGCAGAAGUCGCAUCUCGACGAAAGGUGGACGAUCUUCUGAAGGACCUUGACAACCUUCAGCCCCAUCAUCCGGUAGCACCACCUGAGUCUCCCGCAAGAAACCCGCUGCUCGGAACAUCGUCCAACAUCUUGCCGCCUCAUCCCUCCAAUGAUGACCUUACCGAGUGCAUUUAUAAGGAAACGCAACGUGAGCAGCCGCUAUUCAACUUGCCGCAGUUUGAGCUGAUGAUGCAGUACUGGGGAAACUUUGAGGAAGGGCUUCUAAGAGCACCAGAACUGCAGUCAUUUCCGAGCUACAUAUCCUAA